ACACAAAAGGAGAAAAAAAGAUUCAUCUUCAAAUGUCGCCGGGAGGAGAUAAAAUAACGAGGAUCACUAUAGAGCCUGAGAAGCAAUCACUUCUCGAUCAUCAUACCGAGAAACACUUCACCGCAGGAGAGAUCGUUCGUGACAUCAUCAUCGGCGUUUCUGAUGGUUUAACCGUUCCAUUUGCACUCGCCGCCGGACUCUCCGGUGCUAAUGCCUCUUCGUCUAUCAUACUCACCGCUGGUAUAGCCGAAGUCGCCGCCGGCGCUAUCUCCAUGGGACUCGGCGGGUAUCUAGCGGCCAAGAGCGAAGCGGAUCAUUAUGCGAGAGAGGUAAAACGAGAACAAGAAGAGAUCAAGACCAUUCCUGAGACUGAAGCAGCAGAGGUGGCAGAGAUGUUGGAACACUAUGGAGUAGAGCCACAUGAAUAUUCACCUGUUGUUAAUGCUCUUCGUAAAAAUCCUCAAGCAUGGGUUGAUUUUAUGAUGAGGUUUGAGCUGGGAUUAGAGAAGCCUGAGCCAAAAAGAGCAUUACAAAGUGCGUUCACGAUUGCAAUCGCUUACGUUCUUGGUGGUUUCAUACCUCUAUUUCCCUAUAUCUUCAUACCGCAAGCAAUGGAUGCGGUAGUGGCGUCUGUGGUUAUAACUCUGCUGGCUCUCUUCAUAUUCGGCUAUGGAAAAAGGCAUUUCACCGGUAGCAGACCAUUUAAAAGUGCGUUUGAAACGGCUUUUAUAGGAGCGGUAGCCUCAGGGGCUGCUUUUUGUUUGGCUAAAGUGGUGCAACUUUGAUAAAACUAAUGUUGCGUUUUAAUGUUUUAAAUUGGAGUUAUAUUGCAUGCAAUGUGACGGUAAAAGUACAACUUAUUGUGACAUAAUGCAAACUUAAGGAAGCAAAUAUUUGGUUGUUCAUUGUUCAGAA